UAAUUUGUAGUUGUUUUUGUUGUUAUUUAUUUGCCAACAUGUUGUUGCAGUGGUUGUUGGCAUUGCAGCAGCUCGUAAGUCAAUUAAAACGGCAACUGGCUUCGGUUUGGCUGCUGUCAUUGCCGCAAUACUUUUACGGCUUCCGGCCAUUGGUCGGGCCACGGGCGGCGACAAGCCGAGCCAGUCACCAGCGCUGCGGCAAGGCGCCGAGACGCCAACUGGUCAUGGACUACAUCUUCGAGUGCUUCUUCAAUGACACCUUCGAGCGCAUCACGCGGAACGGACUGCAGGACCGACAGUCGCGCCGCGAUGUCCUCGAUCACCUGAGCGCCAUCAUCAAGGGCUGCUCUGUGGGCCAGAAUGUACAGACCGAAGAGGUCGCCAGCAUGGCGGUCAUUGAAGCUUUGCGUUUCCAUCGACUGGCCAAGCAGGGCAACGGCAAUGUCUGCCUCAUGGGAAAAUAUCACAACAUUUUGUAUAUUGCUUUGCGCACCUGUUGGGAUUGGGGUGUGCGCGAUUCCGAGGUGGUUGUUCAACUGUUGGUGGCCAUUUUCGAGUGCGAGAAGACAUUCGAGCGCAUUUUUUUGGGCGCACUAUUUGGGCCACAUGCACCGCACUUUAUAGCCGGCUGGCGCAGCGAUUUUCAGGAUCAGCAUGAGAAUGUGCGCGCCAUGGUAUAUUUUCUGAAGCAUGCAACACGCAGGCAACUAACGCUGCCCGUGUGGAUACCGCGUUUCGAGCAGGAGCGCCAGCUGAGAUUCAUUGAUGUGCCCAUCGAGUCCUGUGGACGAUCCUCGCCGCUACGCAUUGCGCUGCAGGCAAAUGCGCCCGAACUGCUGCUCAUACUGCUCAGAUAUGGCGCCGCACCGCAGCCACCCGAUGGAGGCACCUCCGUGAUAAUUGCGCUGCUCGACAAACUCAUCGAGAAUGGACGCAAUUACAGUUACGAUCUGGUUCUCUGUCUCAAGAUACUCCUGCGUAAUGUGUCCAUGAUCGAAAUGCCUUUUAAGCCCAUAGUGUAUGCGUCACGUCGUGAAAUGUUUUUCGAGCGCUAUGGACGACUCCUAAUGGACAAAAUCAUUGGCAAGGAACAGGUCUAUGGCGUGCCCACACUGCGACACUUGUGCCGUUGUCGCGUUCGGGAUAUACUGCGAGAACAUAAUCAACUGCCGAAUGGCAUCGAUACGCUGCGCCUGCCCAAGCGACUGCAGCGCUACAUUGACCUCACCGAGGAGCUGGAGGGAGCGGAGCUGCAGCACCAGCGGCCACAGCCGCUGCCCGAGAAGCCAAUGCAGCGGCUGACAAGUGCCAUGCAGCGACUGGACACCAUCAGCAGCAGCGGCGCAGAGACCGAGGAUGAGAGUGAGAAUCAUGUGCAGCUGCUGGAGGCAGUCACCGAUGCUGAGAAGGCAGCUGUCGCCGCCUUUAUGACCACUGGCGAUGGCGCCAUCACCGACGAGGCCAAACAAGCGGCCGUUGCCGCCUAUGUGGCGGCCAACGAAGCAGGCCAAGCCCCGCGGAGCCCGCCCCACCCGCCUCGCCCACCCUCGCCAAUAAGCUAACUAUAAAGUUAUGUUACACUCACCGAUAGGUC